UAAGUAAUUACACGUAGAUCGUUUGUGACCAUGAAAAGGACUGGGCUAGCAUGGUCAAUAAGUUAGUUUGAAUUGUUCAAAUGAACGGAAUGAUUUAUUGAAUGUCAUUUUCGUGAAAUGUGGUUUUGAAUGGGCUUUGUUUAUCAGUAUUUUUCUGAAAGAUUUACUACUGCAAAUAGAAAUGGUGAACACUUAUGACAUCAGUGGUAAUGUUACAAUGGAGACAAAGUAUCGAGUGAAGGAUAUUUGGAAAACGUAUACGUAACUAUAUUUAGCUUCUAAGUAAUUGUUUAAGUAAGGUUUAACUGUUAAAAAGGAAUCUGAUUGCGAUGUUGCGUUAGACAAAAACACAAAAUAAAAAGUUAAUCUCAAAAAUAAACGUAUAUCUUCUAGUUCUAAAAAUGGUAUAAAACACAAAUUGAGAUCAUGUGAAAGAUCAGUUAAAUAAGAUAACUGAUUUAGAACAUACAAAAAUAUUUGGAAACAAUUACAGAGAAAUCUGAUAAAAAAAAACUGAUGAAAAAAAUGUUUUUACUUUGUACAAUGACAGUCUAGACUCGAAUCGGUUCUUGCCAGAUGUAAAAUUAUUUGUAAAAUUCAAAAUUGCGGGACGCUUUUGAAAGAGCUAAAUAGGAAGUGGAUUUCAAUAGAUCGAUCUUAUUUUAAUCCAUUGAAGUUUUGUACCAUACGGAUUUGUAUAAAUGCGGAUUGGCAUUGCUCGCUAGAUAUCGGUUUCAGAAAGUUCUUCAGCCCGCCUUAUAUAUAUGUCUCCACUGGGAUGAAGCUAAAUAUUUGGUAUUGUUAUUGUCAUAUUGUAUGGCAGGAAUUAAUGGAUUGCCAUUCUACUAAUACAGCAGGACUGUAAAUUAAGAUGUCAGCCAUCUAUUGCUACAUUCAUGCAAUUUUAAUGGUUUAAUUCAUCGCGUGUUACACUCGAGUUGAUAAAUAAAAAUGCAGGGUUUAUUGGCACGUCUAAAGACUGUUCGCGACCAGAAUUCGGAUAGUGAUGUACCGCAGAGAGACGGCAUUCAGGGAAUAAAAAAUCACUUUACGCUGAAUAAGUUCAUAAAUCACGCUGAGCCAAAUGACGCGGGUAAUAAAAUCAUACCUAAUGGGACGAAAAUAGAUAACAUAUAUGAUCUUGAAUCGGAACUUGAUACAGCGAGAACUGAUGACGAUGUGGAGAUAGAAAUUGUGAUGGCAAUGAAUAAAACCACCGGAAGAGUGCGAAAUAGAAGUAGCACGUCAAGUCCAAGACAGAUUGUGAAAAGUACAAAAUCACGUGGCGGAUCUAGAGUGUCUCUUAAUAGUGUAGCGCUUAGUGAAAAAGAUGAUUUGGAUACACUUAAUCUUGAUUCAGAUGAUGAAAGGUUGACGCCACAGAAAAGUGAAAAAUAUCCUCCGUCCCAGGCAUGGGCAGCUUUUGAAAAUUGUGUUAAAAAUAUUGAUAACAGUAGUCCUGAAUAUUUUGUAAAGAAACCGAAACCAAAUUUUGUUUCUAGUGGCACGUUUCAAAAAGUUAUGGUAGAUAUGUAUGGGAAUUGUGAGUAUGGAAAUACUAAAGGUUAUACGCUGUUGAAACAAAAACUGAACAAUAUGGCAAGAUCAACGAUGCUGGCAUCGAGAAUGAUGCAAGCAGCUGUUGAAAAGGGACAGGAAGAGAGAGAAAAUGAAGAAAACCAUGACGGUGAAAGUGUCGAGGAAGCUUUGCAAGAAUCGACUGCCGAACCAGAAAGCGUAGCUAAAACGUUCGCAAAAAGAGGUUGGAAAAUACUGAAAAGGGAAGUAAAUGAGACUGCUAUGGAACAAAAAAUUCAGUCUACAAAAUUGAACUGGACAAUGUUGCAACACACAUUAAAACAGAUGAGCAAUGUAGAACGGACUAGACAGGAUUUAUACGAGCGGUACGGUAUUGUACCGACCACUUUGCCAGACGGAACUACUGUGUGUGAAAACCGGAUGUUAAGUGAACGCGCACGUGCUCAACUUUAUGGUCGUAAUAAAGACGGCAAUGAAUACAAACGACCUUUGAGCUACCAGCCGCCUCCUGUACAUUUACGGUCUCGAUCACAGGUCGGUUACCAGAAGAAAAUAAGAGACGGGGCUAAAAGUGCAAAACUGCCCAGCGUAGGAAGGGGUAGGCAAAGACCUGUGACCGCCAAACCGUAGUUCUCUUAUGUGGUCUAGGAUACGCUAAAAAAACUUGGAUUAAAAACGUCAAAUAGCUGACGAGUGUCCCUCAAAGUGACUGCUUAUGAAGCUGGUAAAACCAGUAUGUAUUUAUUCGGAAGAAAAGCACGUGCUGUCAGAGUGCUUUUACAACAGCCUAUGCAUUUAAUAUAUAUCUUGCUUAUUGCAAAACCUGUGAUAUUAAUAAUUAUUGCCCCCACUUAUUGUUAAUGCAUUUUUUACCCCGGAAUGGAGAUAGAAUUUCAGUUCAUCUGUGUAAUAGUUUAUGAAUAAAUAACAUUGAGGUAAUUUGCUAAACUUAUUUUAUAAACAUUAUGUUUUUGUAACGUUAUGUAUUCAUACUAAGGACAUUUGUAUUUUACCUGUGAGAAACAUCAAGUUACAAAAUUGAUUUGUCACUACAUACAAUAGUUCAAACGAUUUAUACAAUUGUUAAAAUGUUAAAUAAUGGUUCUUUUAUACAUGAUAUAUACUGUCUCAUAUUGAAUUAUAGAACACUAGAAGUUGGAAUAUUGUUUUGUGCAAUCCUUCAUUAUUGUACGAACUAACAAUCCGUUAGUCAAAAUAAAUAUAAGCUACAAA